AUGUUGUCGAGAGCCUAUUUAAGUCGCGGAAAUGUGGCCAUUCUCAACAGAUCUUUUCGGAUGGCUUCCUCCGGGCGUAUAAGGAAAGAACGUGAUACAUUCGGUGAACUUGAAGUUCCCGCUGAUCGCUACUAUGGAGCACAAACCGCAAGGUCGCUGAUGAACUUCAAAAUUGGUGGACCAGAAGAACGAAUGCCACUUCCAGUAAUUCACGCUUUUGGAGUUCUCAAGAAAGCGGCGGCUCUCGUCAACAAAGAAUUUGGCUUGGAUCAAAAGCUUGUUGAUGCAAUUUCAAAGGCUGCAGAUGAAGUUAUUGACGGCAAGCUUGAUGACCACUUCCCACUUGUAGUCUGGCAAACUGGUUCUGGUACACAAUCAAAUAUGAACGUGAACGAGGUUAUCUCUAACAGAGCGAUAGAAAUGUUGGGUGGAGAGCUAGGAUCUAAGAAACCUGUGCAUCCCAAUGAUCAUGUGAAUAUGUCGCAGUCAUCAAAUGACACUUACCCAACAGCCAUGCAUAUUGCCGUCGCGCGUGAAGUCAAUUCUCGUUUAAUUCCUGGCAUGAUUCGAUUACGAGACUCAUUGAGUAAGAAAUCAGAAGAAUUUGAAAAAAUCAUCAAAAUCGGCCGAACACAUACUCAAGACGCUGUACCCUUGACUCUUGGCCAGGAAUUCAGCGGCUAUGUUCAGCAGAUGGAAAAUGGUUUGGAACGGGUAAAAGCAGCUUUGCCGCGUUUGUAUUUCCUUGCUGCUGGUGGUACAGCUGUGGGCACAGGACUUAACACUCGAGUUGGUUUUGCAGAGAAAGUGGCUGAGAAAGUUUCCCAGUUAACGGGAUUGCCGUUUAAAACUGCACCGAACAAAUUUGAAGCCUUAGCAGCUCACGACGCGAUGGUGGAGAUGCAUGGCGCCCUUAACACUGUUGCUGUAAGUUUAAUGAAAAUAGCUAACGACAUCCGGUUCUUGGGUUCUGGCCCAAGAUGUGGCCUAGGUGAGCUCUCUCUACCUGAGAAUGAACCUGGAAGUUCUAUCAUGCCUGGGAAGGUCAACCCCACUCAGUGUGAAGCAGUAACUAUGGUUGCCGCUCAAGUAUUCGGUAACCAGGUGGCUGUAACUGUAGGAGGUUCUAAUGGACAUUUUGAGUUAAACGUCUUUAAACCAAUGAUUGUGAGGAACGUAUUGCAAUCAACACGCUUAAUUGCUGAUGCUUGCGUAUCCUUCGCUACUAACUGCGUGGACGGCAUCAAAGCUAAUGAAGCAAAUAUCAAGAAGAUUCUUAAUGAGUCUCUUAUGCUCGUAACUGCAUUGAAUCCACAUAUCGGCUAUGACAACGCAGCCAAAAUUGCUAAAACAGCACAUAAAAAUGGGACCACGUUACGGCAGGAGGCUGUAAAUCUUGGAAUCCUCACUGAAGAGCAAUUCGAGCAGUGGGUGCGGCCAGAGAAUAUGAUUGCUCCAAAAUAG